GGCGGCGGCUCCGCCCCGCCAGGCCGGAACUGAGACGGAAGAAGCCUCCGCCGCACAGCAGCCGCCCGCCUCCUGCCGGAGCCCGACAUGGCGCUCUGAGCCCAGCCCCGGCCGUGCCCAGAGCCGCCACCCCACGGGGAGCCCCGAGCAGCCGCCCCCGCGCCGGGACCAGGACCGGGGAGGGGGGGCAUGGGCAGGGCCGCUGCUGGGAACCCGGCGGGCAUGGCAGAACGGCGCUAGGGACCCCCUUCCCGCCUGCGUCGCGCAGCUCGGCCCCAGCCCCGCGGCCGCGAGGCCCCGCCGCCGCCCAGGAGUAGGGAGGCCGAGAGAGGGGAGCAGCGGGCGGCGCCCGGCCGCCGCAGCCCGCCAUGGCCCACUCGCCCGUGGCGGUGCAAGUGCCCGGCAUGCAGAACCAUAGAGCAGACCCAGAAGAACUAUUUACAAAACUGGAACGCAUUGGGAAAGGCUCCUUUGGUGAAGUCUUUAAAGGAAUUGAUAAUCGGACACAACAAGUGGUUGCUAUAAAAAUCAUAGAUCUUGAGGAAGCAGAAGAUGAAAUAGAAGAUAUACAGCAAGAGAUAACUGUUUUAAGCCAGUGUGAUAGUCCUUAUGUAACAAAAUACUAUGGAUCAUAUUUAAAGGGCACAAAACUAUGGAUAAUAAUGGAAUACUUGGGUGGAGGGUCAGCUUUGGAUCUUCUGCGUGCUGGCCCAUUUGAUGAGUUCCAGAUUGCUACCAUGCUAAAGGAAAUCUUGAAAGGUCUUGACUACCUACACUCAGAGAAGAAAAUUCACAGGGAUAUAAAAGCUGCCAAUGUCUUGUUAUCAGAGCAAGGUGAUGUUAAGCUCGCUGAUUUUGGAGUUGCUGGGCAGCUGACAGACACGCAAAUUAAGAGGAAUACCUUUGUUGGAACUCCAUUUUGGAUGGCUCCUGAAGUUAUUCAGCAGUCAGCAUACGAUUCAAAAGCUGACAUCUGGUCAUUGGGAAUCACUGCUAUUGAACUAGCCAAAGGGGAGCCUCCCAACUCUGAUAUGCAUCCGAUGAGAGUCCUGUUCCUCAUUCCAAAAAACAAUCCUCCGACUUUAUUAGGAGAAUUCAGUAAACCUUUUAAAGAGUUCAUCGAUGCAUGUCUGAAUAAGGACCCAACAUUUCGCCCUACUGCAAAAGAACUUCUGAAGCACAAAUUCAUUAUGAAAAAUGCCAAGAAGACUUCCUAUCUGACAGAACUGAUUGAUAGGUUUAAGAGAUGGAAAGCAGAGGGACAUAGUAGUGAUGAAAGUGAUUCCGAUGGUUCCGAUUCGGAGUCCAGUAACAAAGAAAAUAACUCUCAUCCUGAGUGGAGCUUUACUACAGUUCGAAAGAAGCCAGAUGCAAAGAAGCUGCAGAAUGGGACAGAUCAGGAUCUUGUUAAAACCCUGAGUUGUUUAACUAUGAUAAUCACGCCUGUGUUUGCUGAGCUCAAACAGCAGGACACAAAUAAUGCUAGCAGAAAGAAAGCAAUUGAGGAACUUGAGAAAAGCAUCAAUAUGGCAGAAGCAACAUGUCCAGGGAUCACAGAUAAGAUGGUGAAGAAACUUAUGGAGAAAUUUCAGAAAUUUUCUGUUAAUGACUCAUCCUAAGAAACUUCACGUAAUUGACUGCUGUUUCGUAUGGACCCAGUGAAACCCACCAAAACUACUUCAAGCUUGGCAGUGCUUAGCUCAUGAGCUCCUUGUGCCUUUUGGAUCUUUGCAACAUAUCGAUGGUGAUUGAGGAUUUGAAAGAACCUACUCGACUAUUUUGUGGCAGUGCACAUGGUUUUAUAUUUUCAGGAAAUUAUUUUGUAAAGAACAACUUUUAAUAUUGUAGUUUCACCCGUUUAAUCUGAUAAAUGUUGAGGUGCAGUUUUGCUUUUAGAAAUAACCAUUACUUUAGUUACUAUAAAGUGCAAGUACAGUAUGUUUUGAUGCUAUUUUGUUCCUGUACAUGGGGAUGUACAGGUCUUUUGUAUUCAUGAGUUAAACUUUUGUAAAUCACUAACAAGCUUCAGAGAAAAUAGCUUUUUCACAAGCGUAUUCGAAACACGUAAUGUAGUGGCAAGGGUAUUGCUGUAGCACCUGCUUCAACCAGCAUAUAGUUAUCGUGCCCUGAAAAAUAAACCUGCAACAGUAUCUAUUAUAAUUCUAAAUUGGUACAGUAUUUUAGGCAGCUCUAUGAUUAAAUAUAUUUGAGAGCAAUAUGUCAAUAGUUUGCAGGUGAUAUGUAGCAACAGGUGUAUCCUGAUGUACAGUAUAUGUAUUACCUUUUAGAACAGGUUCUGAAGUAGUAAUUCAAUCUUAUAUCAUCAUGGUAGGAAGAUUUAAAGCAAUACAGUUGAGGGAGUGGGGCUUUUGGCAAUAAUGGACAAAACCUGAAGUCCAGUUUAACUUAAUUUAAUUUUUUUUCCUCUGAGUAUACAUGCCUGGGUGGAAGGGAGCCAGAGAAGCCGAGCGUCACAUGAUACAUACCUCACAAGCAGGUAUAAGCGUAACACCAGCGUUCUGUGUGGUGGUGUUGUUUCUCCUGUAAGAUAUUUAUACACGUUUUUGUUCUUAAGUACAUUAAAUACAGUACAUCAACAUAAUUUGUUUAUAAUUUUCUGAAAGUGUAUUUUAAAUAUGUAUUUACCAGUUAAUAUGCAAAUAACUGAGUUAUAGAUAUUCUUUCACAAAAAGGUAGUACUGUGCAGUACAGAGUGAUUUUUUCUUUUUUUUUUUUCAUAAAAAGUAGGUAAGACUAUAAAGUUGCUUUCAGUUAUAUAUUUAUGGUACUGCUAGAUGGGUAAUCUCUUCUGUUGGUUUUGUUUUUUUUUUUCCCUUUUUCAACCCAGUAUGUAUAUUAUGCUGAAGUUUUGAACUGGGAUUGUUUUUCAGUACUUAGCUGUGGAACUGUUGGUGUAAAUUUAUUUUUUAUAAAGGCUGGGUGUGUUUAUUUUAUGGUUCAGACCUGCACAUUUUGUUUUUGCACAAAAGUCAUUUUAAAGAAUCUGAAAUAUAUCUGCCAAAUAUUGAAAAAGUAAUGGUGUGCAAGUAAAUACUGCAUUUUUAGUCAAAUGUUGCCAUUACAUCGUUUUUAUAUAAAGGACACUUGCGAGAGAUGGUGGUUAGAUAUGCCAAGGACAAUUAUUUUCAAUGGUGCCUACACUGUAAAAAAAAAAAAAAAAAAAAAAAAAAAUUACUUUUAAUUCCUUGUUUUAAUUUUAAAAAAAAAGUUUCUGUUUAAAACUUUCAUCUGCUAUAUAACUGAAAUCUGAUUAGAAUUUAUAUCUGAGAAAAAAGUCUGGAAAUAGUUUUUGAAAACAAUAAUGUUAUGGAUUAAAUAAAUAUUUUUAUAAAUGUAAAAGCAGCAAAAGUUGUAAAUACAGUUGAUCUGAAGCUUUACAAAAUAACUGCAUCACAGAAACAAAUUUUAGUGCUCCUCUAGCUUCUGUAGUCGUUAGUCUUGUAAAUCUGUUUAUAGAUGAAGCUUAUUUCAAUGUUUUGGGGGGUUUUAAAUGGUUUAAAAAUAAAUAUUUAAGUUCUGUAAACUUUCCUGAGCUUGUUCUGUUGUGCGUUUCAUUAUGCAUUUUAGUCGAUGUGCGGGGGUGUGGAUAUACCUCUCACAAACUCGUGUUCUAGUUCAAGAAAGGUGUUCCUCGCACAGAGUUGUGUGGUUGCUUUGAAAAAGGCUUGGGUCCCCCCUGCUGUUCUUGUCCAGAGGACACCUGGCAGCUGCUACGCCGCAGGGAACUCUGGAGGCAGACAGAGCAGCCCCAGGGGCUGGUUUGGUUCCGUGCCUAAAGAGGAGUCUCCGGGAUCCGUGUGCUCAGAUGAACGUGCGGCCCAUGACAAUGUGGGGGAGAUGUCAGAAGACUCUGGCUUCGUUGUGAGCUCGGCGCUGUGGAGUGAAGGUACAAAAAGGCUGGUGCCACCCUUACCUUGUCUUUCACUUCAGCAGUCUUGACCCAAAUCUCUUUUAAAAAGAGUUCCACACAAAUUUCUCAGAAUUCAAAACAUGUUUUUGCUUCCACGUCACUUCCCUUAAAGUGUUCUUUGUAUGAGGAGAGCCAGGGGAGAGGUGAUGGGAGUUCCUCCUGAAUUUUGUAACUGGGCUCUCUACCCUGUUGUCACAGGGCCUUUGAUCUAUGCAACUCCAUGAGCAGCUCUGAGUAGGCAGGGUUAGUGAAUUAUUUGGGAGUUGUCCUUUUGUGAUAAGGCUGUAACAAGUCGCUGAACUAUGGUGCCUCUUCUUUUCCUGUGAAAUGGGUGGGAUGUGCCCCUACCUCGUAGCACAGUGUGGGGAAGAACUCAUCCGCGGGUGUAUAAUACAGCCUCCAUCUCUUCAAGUCCCUUUGAGAGGUUUUGUUUGGGUUUUUUUUGUACUGCAUAUGGCAUCUUAUGUCUCUGUGCAUCAUAAGACUGUGAAGAAUGGAUGUCUGUAUUACUGGUUUCCAGAGAACCGUUGUCUUUUUCCCCACCGUGCGUUAGUUAUUGAUGAACUGUGUAACUUAAUCAGCAGUAUUCUGUUGCCAGCCGAUAGCUAAUGGAAAGAUAUAUUAAAAUAUUCGUGCGGGAACCAUCUUCUUGCUUGUCUGGUUUGCUAGGCUUCCCACUGUAGGCUGGGAAGAAUUGCUAUUGCAGUAGUCUUAUCAAAGUAGUUUGAAUCGCAGAGCAGAGAAAUGUGCUUGUUCUUGGGAAGGUGAGUCCUUUAUCGAUGUAACCGUCCUUGAGACCCUCUGACCGCUCUCCUGCGCCUCUGUACAGUGAGCACGUGGUAUCGGAACCACCUGGUCUUGCCUUCCGUGGAAUGGCUGUAGCUGAGUAGGAAAGUAUGUAGGUGCUUAAUGUGUUUGCACAAAGUUUAGCAG